AUGCCUGGCGACAACCACAACGCCAGCAGCGAGACGGAGGAUGUCCCUCGUCGGGGCCGAGCUGCCUGCGCAGAGUGCAAGGCCAGGAAGAAACGGUGCGUGCACCGCUUCGACGACUCUGAUACUUCAGCGCCGGUCCCGGUGCCUGUCUCCCCUUCUAAUCGCACUCGCAUGCGCACUCGUACUCGCACUCCGACCACCCGAAAGCGCCAGCGACGAGGCCGCGCGGCAAAGAAGGCCGGGCCCGUCCUCAAGCGAGCGAAGCGUGGACACCCAGCGAAGGCUGCUAUACGUGCAGGCCCGCGCACCGUUCCCGAGCGCUCGAGGGAUCCCAUUGAAGCGGCAUCAGCCAUGUCAGUGCAUGCGGUGUUCAGCCACGAGCUUGAGGAGCGGCUGGAGGAAUUCGAGGCCAAGAUACUGGCCAGCCAAGAGGCUUUCCGUGCCACCAUGAUCGCCGGGACUGCCGUCCAACACGCGGUGGAUAAGUGGGUCGAGACUUGGAAGACGGGUCAGUGA